UUUAUUCAUUCAUUCACUUGAGAGACUUCCUCCCUAUUGGUAACUAAAAAGGCACAACUUUUUCCUGUAUCAUUUAUAAUUAAUAAAUUAUUAUUAAGUCAUGAGCCUUUUUCAUCAUACAGAUCUUAGCUUAGAGUUCCCACUUUUAUUCAAUUCUAUAUGUCUGUCUAGCUUUCCUGUUCUUUAUCAUCUGCAUCUUUAAACCGACACCAUGUCCAUGAUAAUGUCUCUUUUAUAUUUCUCCUGUUCUUCGUUAGCAUUCAGCAACCUUUCUUCAUUAGUUGGCUCUCUCAUUCUUCAUUUUUCUCUCUAAAACAAAGGGUAUGUUUACCUUUUUGUUAUUAUUUCUGUUUGUUUUGCUUCAGAUGCUUCUAAAGUCAAUAAAAAUUGGAAGCUUGGGAUGAAUUGAAAACCCUGUUCCAGUUUUAGCUUUAUGGGGUCUUAAACAAUUGGCAAAGCUUAAAAUUUUGGAAGUUUUCAACCUUUGUUUUCCUUGUUUGAUUGAGUUAACUAUUCUUUUGACCGAGCAUUGAGUCUAAAAAUUAUCAACUUCCUAUAAGUUUCUUUUUUGAAUUUCGGUGUUUCUGUUGCUUAGAUCAUCAUAAUCGUUUAUGCUAGACUAGACUUGAUUACAGGAUGGAUAUUGCUUGGCUUGGAAAACUCGGGAUAUUCUUUUAAAACUUGAAAUUGAAGAAAAUUUCCAUACGGUGCUGUCAGCACAAUUUCAGAUAAAUUGAGAUAAAGGCAAGCGUGUGGUUUUCUUAAGCGUAAGGAGAAGACUGAUUUUUGGAGUGAUAAAAAGUAGAUUCUCUGUUAACAAAAUGAUUUGGUAGAGCCAGUGGCUGCAUGGGAGGCAUAUUUCAUAUUUUUGAUUUCCAUCAAGGCAGCAUGGCCAGAAAAAUACUUGCAAAAAAGAAAUAUGUUGAUGGUCUGGAAGCUCCGCGAAAUAGCGUUGAGCUGAAAUUAGACACUUCUCAAAGCUACUAUUCUGCAGGAGAUCUGCCCACUUAUCAAGUGGAAGAAGACUGGGCAGCAAGAAACUUUUAUCAAACUGAGGCUUCAAUGAAGAAAUUGAUAUGUGAGGAGAUGUCCAAACAAUCUAACACCGGACAGAAUGCACCCAGUAUUGUUGCCAAAUUGAUGGGGAUUGAUCCGUUGCCAGUAGAUACAAAAUCUGUAGUUCAACCGGUUGUGAAAAAGAGUGAUAACCAGCGAGUCAAGUUUUCUGGAAGGGAGAAAUGUGUCAAGGGGUCUAACUUGAAUUACUCAAAGCAAAGGGAAGUUGACUCUAUUUACAGUAAAAGAGUUAGAGAUGCUGGGAGAUGGAACACGGACCAUAGGUAUGGAAAGCCUAGGCCUCGUGAACAUCCUCAGGAGGAAGAAUUGCAAAAGUUUAAGAAAGAAUUUGAGGCAUGGCAAGUGGCCAGGCUUAGGGAAUGUUCAAAGAUAGUUGAUGUUGGAAGCAUUUUUACACAUAAACUUGCUCAAGAGAAACUGAACAUGGAAAAGAUGGCACUUUAUGAUGAUUCAGUACAAGCAAUGCAUGAAAAGCCUUUGGAAUCCAAGAGGUUUGCAAUAAAAGGAAGUGGUUUGCAUCAUCGCAGGCAUAAAUCAGAACUCUUUACAGCUGAGAAAAAUGAAUCAGGAAGACGAAGCAUGAACAAGGAUUUUCGGUUACCUUCCAUGAUAGAUCAUAAUGGGAAACUAGAUGCUGUCCCUACAAGAAUAGUGAUCUUGAAGCCUGGUCCUGAUAGUAUUUGUGACCAUGAAGAAUCAUGUAUCUCUUCCUCUGGCACUUUCCAGGAGAGAACUAGUAUGGAGGAUUUUCUUGAGGAGGUUAGGGAACGACUUAAAUUGGAACUACAAGGCAAAGGCCUCAAUAUAAAAAAGAGUUCUGUGAUCAGAGGAAGUGGAACUGAGACACCUUUCAGUGAAAAGCCAUCAUCUGAUCCAAAACAGAUUGCUAAGCAUAUAGCAAAUCAGGUCAGAGAAAACGUCAAUAGGGAUAUUGGAAGGAAUUUAUUUCGAUCAGAAUCAACAAGAUCAUAUAGAAGUGAAGUUCAGUUCAAUGGACCUGGUUCUCCUGAGUUCAUUAGCAAAGAUACAAGAAGAUUAUUGUCAGAGAGACUAAGGAAUGUGCAUAAGCAAGAAACUCAGUUUGAUGCACCAAUAGUCAUCUCCACUACACCCGCUUUUGAUAAUGGAAGGGACAGGCUGGGAAGAAUGCAAUAUAUGUCAAAGUCUGCAAAUGAGCAGAGCUACCGGGAAAGUGUUAAACAUGGACAAGAAAUGCAAACCGGUUCUUUCAGGCAUGGAGAUGAUAUUGAUGUACCAAUAGUCGUCUCCACUACAUCCGCUUUUGAUAAUGGAAGGGACAGGCUGGGAAGAAUGCAAUAUAUGUCAAAGUCUGGAAAUGAGCAGAGCUACCAGGAAAUUGUUAAACAUGGACAAGAAAUGCAAACCAGUUCUUUCAGGCAUGGAGAUGAUGUUGGGCUUCUAAACUGGGAACUGUCCCCAAGAAAUCUCAUUAGGUCCUUGUCAGCCCCCGUCUCAGGAACAUCAUUCGGGAAGUUGCCUUUAGAAGAUUGCCAUAUAUUAACAGGUGCGCAGAUCAGGAGGAAGCAUGAAGGCAAUGAAAAUGCAUCAGUAGACAUUAGAAGAAGGAAGAAAGAGAAGUUCAACUUGAAAGAAAAAGUUUCCAAUAUUAAAUAUAGUUUAACGCUUAGACGGAGGCUAUUUGGCAAGAAGAUUCAAUCGGUGGUGGAGUCAUAUAAUGCCAAUAGUGAUCUUGCAAAAGAUGUCUUGAGUGGACCAACAGUUAUUAUGAACAUUGGCGAGAGGCAUGAGAAUUCUACGGAGGUGCCUCCUAGCCCAGCAUCUUUUUGCAGCAGCACGCAUGAAGAAUUUUGGAGGGAGGUGGAUUAUCUCAGCCCAAUAUCAACACCAGAUGUGACUUUGGGAGAGGAUAAUGUUGUACCGCAGGUUUUCAAUGAGGCCAGUUCUAAUUUGAAUGAUCAUCAAUCAGAGCAGGGGAGGCAACUGAAUGAACUAGAGUCUGAUGGAGCAGACCACAUAACAGUUGAACAGGAGCCUAUUGAAUCUGAAAUGGUGAAUUUUGAGGACCAUACCCGAGGAUACAUAAGAGAUCUGCUCGUUGCUUCUGGUUUGUACGAUGGAUCAUACGAUAAAUCCUUAUCUAGGUGGGAUCCAUUAGCAAAGCCUAUCGGCAACUCUAUCUUUGAACAAGUAGAAGAAUAUCAUAGCAAAUUGAUCAAGGAAAAUGAUAAGAAGGUAGAUCACAAAGUAUUACUUGAUUUGUCAAAUGAAGCACUUUCAACCAUACUUGGGCCACCAGUGACCAUGUCUAGGUUCAGGAGAAAGCUUCUUGGUUCCUCCAUAUUGACACCUCCACAUGGAAGGAAGUUAAUAAAUUCUGUGUGGGAAAUUGUCCAUUUCAAUUUACAUCCUCCAAAUGAUAGAUCCAACUACUCGGUUGAUCAUAUGGUGGCCAGAGAUCUAGGAUCCACCCUUUGGGCCGGCUUGAUGGACGAUGAAACUAAUGUUUUGGGAAGAGAGGUGGAAUGGCACAUUGUUGGAGAUCUGGUUGAGGAAAUUGUGAAGGCAUGCAUUAAUGAGUGUUAUAGGCAGCAGGUUAGAUGUAAGUAGGGAGACAGAAAGAUGGUGUGCAUAUACAUAUAUAGAGAGGUAAUUAUUGAUGGGAGAUUUUGCUUAUCCAUGUACAUAUUAUAUGCAGAGUUUGUGAGAUAGAGAAGGUUAAGUUGAUGAGGUUUAUACAUAAUAAAAUUUUCUUUAUAAAAUGUAUUUGUUAUUUAUUUGGGAAUUUUUUGCUCUAAUCUUAUUGUCUGAUGUUUGUAACCGCAAAAUAAUAAUAACAACAAUAGUAAAUGCAUAUUUUCGGCUGUUGAUCCGGUUGUCUAA